AUGGCCUUUGCACCCAAGCCUGGCUGUCCUAUGUGCAGCAUAGUCGCCUCCGCAAAUCACCUCUCUGAGGACUCGGCUGCUUCCCCGCAGAUCAUCUGGAGAGAUGAAAACUUGACUGCGUACAGAGAAACCGCAAGUCCUGUUUCUAGUCUUGGCCAUAUUAUUAUUGUUUUCAAGCAAGUGGUAGAUUCUGAGAACUUGGAGGAUACACCCAGUGACCUCCCGUUGCUCGCUUCUCUCCGUGAUGUUUCCCAACGGCUGCUCUCCGCUGCACCUCCACACCCAACACCGUCCUUCCGCAUUGGCUUCAUUACGCCGCCCUUCCGUGACAUCAGGAUACCCGUGACUGACCAUCUGCACGCGCACGCAUAUAUCCUCCCCGCCGACCGAAUGGGAUGGGUACGCAGCGUCGGCUUUGGCUCCCUGGCGUGGUACGCGAUUGACGACCUCAUGGCUGAAAUCCGCGAGGAAUCGUCAAACAAUCGCGUUCGCUCUGGGCCGACGUCGCGUCCCAUCGAUUCCGUACCCUCAGCUGGGGCGCGUGUAGGCACGGCUGACGGCACGGAGACCACAAAACCAUCAAUAGCGACGGUCGAUCUUGAACAUGUUCAAUAA